CGCCUGGGUAUAUCUGCUAAGUAAAAUUUCAAUGGGCAAAAACUUACUAAUAAAAAUUACAAUGGGCAAAUCCCCAAAUGAAAUGGGCAAUUGCCCAUUUGCCCCCCCCUUGGAUACGCCGCUGAUGGAGAAUAGUGAGAAGAUAACAAAACGAUGACUGGAAAAAAGUGGAACUAGUGCGUACUGGUGCAACAUAGCAUGACGUGCGCACUGGUAGUGCCGAUCUUUUUUCACUACUGUACUGCGAUUCUUUUGUAGGAGAGUCGAUUACGUUUUUCACAAGAAUCUUGCAAGAUCCUUACACUCUAAAAAGUUGUCAUUUUCGAGACUAGUCUCGAUGGGAUGCUAGGACAUUUCAGACUAGUCCGGACGCCAGUCAACCACUUUAUUUCUUUACCUGGGAUGUUGUAAAAAGGUAGAGCUAGCUCAAAAUCUUUUUUGGCAUGAUGGAAAAGAAAAAGACAAAGACGGCUUGUCCACCUAACGGUCUCCUAUGUUUCAGGAGUUUGCGUGAAAUUUUUUUUCGUAUUCGUUCUGUGACACACAUCAUUAAACGUACUUUUUCACGCUGAUCACGAAUCAGGGGUAAAAAAUUGAAAAUCUCAAUUUUAAAGUGGUUUUUGAACUUCAAAAUCCACUUUAAAAUUAAAAUUCCGUGCUUAUCGAGAUAGAUGGCGCACAAGUUAGAAAAGUGGAAUCCGUUACAUUUGGACAGAUUGAAGAACAAAUUGACAAUAUAACACAAUCUCUUACGUACAUGUAUAUGUGAAAAAUUCUGUGUUCUGUCUAGUCACGUACAUGACCACGUUACAUGUGAAUCGGGGUAAGGCGCGCGUAAUUCAAAAAUCAAGUACAAUUUUAUUUUUAGCUUUUUUAUAUAUGAUUCGAUAGAGAAUUUGAAGCUGAUCACCAAUAUCGCCUUUUUAGCCUUCCCGGUGCACGUUUGCACUACAUUUUAUCUUUUACCAAAAAGAACUAGAUAGCGUUUUCCGAUGAGGUCUCCGCUUUGGAGAUAUCCUUGAAGAUGAAUGUUUCGUGCAAUGAUAUUACAUAUCGGAAGCAUAAAAGGCACAUUUUCUAAUUCGAUUUUCAACGCUGAAUUAGAGAAAAGCUGUUUGAGAGUUUCAAAAUAAAAACGAGAAAAGGUGUUAAACUUUUUUCGAAACGGGAAAGUUUUUCGGCUCUUAAGACCCUUCCCGUAUUUUCAAUUUUUCGACGCGCAAACGUGCACUGAGAAGGCGAUAUUGGUGAUCAGCUUCAAAUUCUCUAUCGAACCAUAUAUAAAGAAGCUAAAAAUAAAAUAGUACCUGAUUUUGAAUUACGCACGCCUUACCAAUUUUUAACCAUGCAAUAUACAAAUAACUAUACCGUGAUCAAAAAUGGACUCCCUAUCCAAAUUAGAAAACAACCUUCAAACAUAGUUAAAAAGAACAUUUUAAGAAACCACUUACCAGCCAUUUUACGUAUUUGUCGGACUGUGCAUUCGGAUGCAACUGCCCGUUAAAAAUGAACUUUAUUCGGGUGUAUAUAUAUAUACUGCUCGAAUACCAAGAAUGUUUUCUCUCACACUCACCUUCACAAAGAAUUUUGUCCAUAUUUCUGUCCAAAUAUUCACUCUUCUUUUCAAAAAGAUUUUUGUUUUUCACAGAAUUUAGUGCCUAAAAUUCACUCUUCUUUUCAACGCAUUCCAAUUUCACAAAAUUCACUGUCUAAAGUUUCACUUUCUCCCAAAAUAUGAAUAAUAGCACAUUCCACUAACGAUGUUUUUUUCACUUUCUUUCUCUUUCCAGAUCUGUAUAUAAGCAAGCACUUCUGAAUAUCAUUUCACCAGGAGCAUUUACUGAAGAAGACUUCAAAACGCGUUUAAAUUCUGGUGUGUACUCUCCGUUUUUUGUUAUUCAAGCUGUCGUUUUUUUAUACAUAUAUAUUUCCUAUAAUAAAAACAAAAAUUAUAAAAACAUAUACCCACCAAUUUAGUUAUUCAAGCAACACCGACUUCAUUUUAUCCAAACAACAGUAUUUUUAUCUAUCUUAUCCAAGUACCUACUUAUACCCCAUCAAUAUCGUUUUUAUCUUAUCCAAGCGCCAGUUUAUUUACUCAAACAAAUAUUUAUUUUUUUAAUUAUUUCUCAAAGUAAAAUACAAAAACUUUUAUUUUUAUUUUGUUUUAUCUACAAGCUUUUCUCUUUCCAUUUACGCUAAAGCCAUGUUUCUGUCAUGAGAAAUAAAGCAGUUGUUCUCGAUAGUAUAUUUAUAGAGUGAAUUUUGUACAUAGUUGAACAUACGUGUUUUCUCUCCCUAGUCAAAAAAUGUUUGUUCUGCCUAUUUUGUUUUAUGAUUCUAGAUAUGAAGAAAUUGAUUGGAUUUUUACUGCUGAUUGUGAUGGUCCGGUUAAAGAAUUUGGACAAAAUGACAUUUAUAACGUCGGAGAAGGUGAUCAUCAUGAUAUUUUAUUCGAUUAUAUUGGAACAACUGGACUAACGAGGGAACUGCCCCAAGUGUCCGCUCGCUUUUUUCUUGAAACCUAG